UCACCACACCAUUACUCCCCUUUAAGAAAAAAACCCCCAACCUAUGUCCCCAACCUUACGCUACAAAUACCUUCCACACACUCCACCACUCUCGUGAUUUCAUUGCAUAAUCCAUUGACUAGAAAUCCCAUAUUUUCCCCCCACAUUAACUCACCCAACCCCUCUUUCUAAAAGGCCUCAAGGAUACACUCCGGACUUAAUUACGUUAUUUUGUUAGGGUCACCGUUUCGAGAUAUUCUAAACUUGUACUGAAAAAUAUGGAGGGAAAAGAAGAGGACGUAAGAGUUGGAGCCAACAGGUACGGAGAGAGGCAGCCAAUAGGGACCGCUGCUCAGGCUAAAGACUACAGAGAGCCACCGUCGGCGCCUCUCUUCGAACCGGGAGAGUUGUCAUCGUGGUCUUUCUAUAGGGCUGGCAUAGCAGAGUUUGUGGCCACUUUCUUGUUCCUCUACAUCACAGUGCUGACUGUGAUGGGUGUGUUCAAAUCUAAGAGCAAGUGUUCCACUGUGGGUAUCCAAGGCAUUGCUUGGGCUUUUGGGGGAAUGAUCUUUGCUCUUGUUUAUUCCACUGCUGGAAUCUCAGGGGGUCAUAUUAACCCAGCAGUGACGUUUGGGCUGUUCUUGGCACGCAAGCUCUCUCUGACAAGGGCAAUUUUUUACAUAAUCAUGCAGUGCUUGGGAGCUAUAUGUGGUGCUGGUGUAGUUAAGGGGUUCGAGCCACACCUCUAUGAGAGGCUUGGUGGUGGUGCCAACACAAUCGCUAAAGGGUACACCAAUAGUGCUGGCCUUGGAGCAGAGAUUGUUGGCACAUUUGUGCUUGUUUACACUGUCUUCUCUGCCACUGAUGCCAAAAGAAAUGCUAGAGACUCCCAUGUUCCAAUUUUGGCACCACUGCCUAUUGGUUUUGCUGUGUUUCUAGUGCAUUUGGCUACAAUUCCUGUUACAGGGACUGGUAUCAACCCUGCUAGAAGUCUAGGUGCAGCCAUUAUCUUCAACAAGGACCAAGCUUGGGAUGACCAUUGGAUAUUUUGGGUUGGGCCUUUCAUUGGGGCAGCACUUGCAGCUUUGUACCAUCAGAUAGUGAUCAGGGCCAUCCCCUUCUCGUCGAAGUGAUGCAACAUUGAAGAUGAAUUGAAGGAAUAAUGCCUCAAAAAUAAAAGUAGUAACUAGUUGAGUCCAAGACAGCAUUCCCACGUAAAAGAUGUUCCUAUGACUUCUGCUAAUGAUUUACUACUACUACUACUAUUAAUUUAUGCAUAAUUAAUCUAUUCAAAUCUCAUGUAUUUGGAGACGCAUUAGAACUUGCGCAAACCGUGUGGUAUGCAUCGUUUAUUUCUUUUUUUGUCCUUCUAUUUAACAGCUUCUCUGCACAAAGCAGAAACUGCAGGUCUAUAUUUGCUAGAGUAAAUUGUAUAAUUAUGUUAUGAUGUUCAAUAAUCAGCCCUCUAUCUAUCGUUUGGAUUUGUU